ACACACGGAUGGGAAGAAAGCUCUCUCCUCGGGUUGCAAUUUCUCAGCAGGCUGGCCAAAGUAAAAGUGACACGAGGCCGUUCUCUCCAAAGUCGCUGUGCUGGCAGCCAAGGGGGCGGUGGCCUGGCCGAGCCCGGGUGGGGCCUCCCUUCUUCUCCUCCUCCUCCGGGCCGCUCGUUGUCAGGAACUCAACGAGCAAGCCUCGUCGCGUCUUUGACCAAGGAGGCCGCUGAGUGAGUCGCGCGCUUUUCCCAUUGGUGGGUAAGGCCGGCCAAGUGAAGUGAAUAAGCUCUGAGGAUGGCAACUGAAGCCAAUCAUGUUCAUCCAGUGUUUGAGAUGGCAGAAGUAAAUGAUGGCAAACAAAAUAGUCAUCCCAGGAUCUUCCUGGAACAUAUAGAAAAGAGCACAGAUAUCAAGGCAUGCAUGUUGAAGAAAGUGAAGAAAAAGUGCACCUGCACGCCAGCUAGAGCCAAAGAUCUGAUCUUCAGUUUCCUCCCAGUACUGAAAUGGCUCCCUAAGUACAACCUGAAAGAGAACAUCUUGGGAGAUAUAAUGUCUGGUGUGAUUGUGGGAAUCUUGCUGGUUCCACAGUCCAUUGCUUAUUCCCUGUUGGCUGGCCAAGAUCCCAUCUAUGGUCUGUAUACAUCAUUUUUUGCAAGCAUCAUCUAUUUUCUGUUUGGAACCUCCCAUCACAUCUCUGUUGGCAUUUUUGGUGUGCUCUGCCUGAUGAUAGGAGAAGUAGUGGACCGCGAAGUACAGAGAGCUGGAUAUGAUUUGGAACCAAACAUUCCUAGCAGUUAUAACUCAGACAUACAUCUUGAUGAAAAUAAUAGCACACUGGGGCUGUUGACUGUGAACCAGACAUCGCAAAUGUUAUGUGAUAAAAGUUGCUAUGCAAUUACAGUUGGAGCCACUGUGACUUUCAUUGCUGGGAUUUAUCAGGUUGCCCUGGGCUUCUUUCAGGUGGGCUUUGUCUCUGUGUACCUCUCUGAUGCCUUGCUCAGCGGAUUUGUUACAGGUGCUUCUUUCACCAUCCUUACCUCACAAGCCAAAUACCUCUUGGGCUUAGACAUUCCUCGCAGCAAUGGCAUUGGUUCUUUCGUAACCACUUGGAUAAACAUAUUCCGAAACAUCCACAAGACCAACAUCUGUGAUCUCAUCACUAGCUGCUUGUGCCUCCUUCUUCUUAUCCCAACUAAAGAGCUGAAUGAGCGGUUCAAAUCCAAGCUUAAGGCUCCUAUGCCCACUGAGUUGGUGGUGGUGGUGGCAGCUACACUGGCAUCUCAUUUUGGGAAGCUGAAAGAGAAGUAUGGCUCCAGUGUCUCUGGGCACAUUCCUACUGGGUUUCUGCCCCCACAACCACCAGACUGGAAUCUGAUUCCCAGUGUGGCUAUGGAUGCUGUAGCCAUAGCCAUUAUUGGCUUUGCCAUCACUGUAUCUCUUUCUGAGAUGUUUGCCAAGAAGCACGGCUACACAGUUAAACCCAACCAGGAAAUGUAUGCCAUUGGUUUCUGUAACAUCAUCCCUUCCUUUUUCCACUGUUUCACAACUAGUGCGGCCCUUGCCAAGACACUUGUCAAAGAGUCAACAGGCUGUAGGACUCAGGUCUCUGGUGUGGUGACUGGCUUGGUCAUCUUAUUAGUCCUCCUUGUGAUUGCUCCCCUUUUCUAUUCCCUCCAGAAGUGUGUCCUGGGGGUCAUAACCAUUGUCAAUCUCAGAGGAGCCUUGCAGAAAUUUAGUGACCUACCCAAAAUGUGGCAAUUAAGCAAGGUGGACACAGUGAUCUGGUUCGUCACUAUGUUAUCUUCAGCAUUGAUAAGUACUGAACUUGGUCUUCUGAUUGGGGUCUGCUUUUCAAUGCUAUGUGUCAUUGUGCGGACUCAGAGACCAGAAGGACAGUUACUGGGCUGGGUGCCAGAAUCUGAAAUCUAUGAACCCCUUCCUGCAUAUAGGGACCUUCAGACAAAACCAGGGAUCAAAGUUUUUCGUUUUGAAGCACCCAUCUACUAUGCUAAUAAAGAGAGCUUCAAGUCCAUGCUUUAUAAGCAGACUGGAGUCAAUCCUUUAUGGGAGUUGGCAGCAAAGAGAAAAGCAGAAAAGCAAAAGCUUGGCAAGAAAAUGAUCAAUGCCAAUGGAAACCAGGCAGAGAUCUCACUACAGCUUGUCACUCGGCCACUGGAAUUUCAUACUAUAGUGAUUGACUGCUGUGCGGUGCAGUUCUUAGAUACAGCAGGGAUCCACACGCUCAAAGAGGUUCACAAGGAUUAUGGGGAAAUUGGUAUCCAGGUGCUGCUGGCUCAGUGCAAUCCCUCUGUGAGGGAAUCGCUACAUCGAGGGGAGUACAUUAAAAACGGGGAGAAACAAUUUCUCUUUCAUAGUGUGCACCAAGCUGUGGAAUAUGCAUUGUGUGCUUACAGGCAGAUUGGGUGCUGUGCCUCUGAAGCCUAAUGUAAGUAAAAGGAUCAUGGUGAAUGUUAGCCAAAUUCAGGCAAUGGCAUACUUGUAUGUGUGUGAUAACGCUGGGCGUACACUCACACAGAUUUAAAGGGCUACUCUUUUUAUUCAUAUGCUGUUGAUCGUACAAGAUCAUUAAAAUGUGUUUUGAUGCUUUACGUUUGCUCUGUUGGAUAUGGCAUUAAGAACGUGAGAUAAUGUGGAUAAUUAUGUCUACAGCCUGUCCGUGGUGGGCUAGCAGAACAAAUGCUCUUAACACCAGAUGUGCCUCACAGUCACACCUCUUUCUCCUUUCAAUGUUGUCCCCAAUUUUUCACCUCACACUGAUGCCCACUUGGGCUUAUUAUUACUACAUUUAUAUCCUGCACCUUCCUCCAAAGGAGCCCAGGGCAGCAUGAAGACAGUGCCACCAUUCUUGAUGGGAUUUUUGUCUUAAAACAAUAAGUAUGGAUUGGAUCCUAAGAUAAGUGAUCCAUAGGAAGUUAAUGGAAGGAAAGUUUUCUGUCCUAUCUUCCUCUUUGCUACUCCCUGGGUUCCCUGAAAAACCUGUUUAGAGGUUCAAGGCUCUUCUGAACAAUGUGUGGGGGAGGACUGAUGGUUGCUAUAGGGGGAUAAUUGCUUAAAACUGGGGGGUCCUCUCUGCCGGAUUUGGGUAAUUUCCACUCCUCCCUAAGCAGCUGCUGUGUCCCUUCCCCACAUUAUUCAGGACUCGCAGAUACUCUGGAGAGGCUUUUCAGGGGGCCAAAGCAAGAGAGAAGGUGGGACAGGAAACUUUACUUCCAUGAACUUCCUACCACUCACUUAAGAUCCAAGCCUAUGCCAUUUUAUCAAGUUCAUGGUUUCAUCUAAUCAUGCUUCACAGUUCAGGGCAAAGCAGUUGCCUUCUGACUUACCUUGAACUGCCCAAGAAAUUACUGGGGGGAAAAGACAUGUAGCCUGUUCUAACCUGUUGAUAAGGCAAUAAACAGAGAAUGUUCUAAAGCCGAUCAUAAGUACCUUUACUAGGACUUUAAACAAGGGAAAGGACAUGUUGUCAACUGUUUGAAAGCUGAGGGUUUUAGUGGUGUCAUUCAUAGUGUAUGAAACAAGCUGAAUAUUUAAUCAACCUCUUAAUCAACCUCUCAGACAUUUCUUUGGAAAACAAAGCACUGACCCUUCUAUUAAGAAAACCAGUGGAUGGUGAUUGCAGGGUAAUCAGGGCAGAUUAUCUGGAUCCAUUUAAGUCAGGCUUCAGGCCUGGACAUGGGACUGAAACGGCCUUGGUCACCUUGGUGGAUGAUAUGAGGAGGGCGUUGGAUAGGGGCGAAUGCACCUUCCUUGUCCUCCUGGAUCUCUCAGUGGCUUUUGAUACCGUUGACCAUGGUAUCCUGGACUGCCUGAAAAGGUUAGGCAUAGGGGGCACUGUAUUGCAGUGGUUCCGUUCCUUCGUCUCUGGUAGGUACCAGAGAGUGGUAUUGGGGGAUGAGGUUUCAGAUCCUUGGCCUCUCACUUGUGGGGUGCCACAGGGUUCCAUCCUCUCCCCGAUGCUGUUCAACAUCUAUAUAAAGCCACUGGGGGCUAUCAUCAGGAGAUUUGGGCUGCAGUGUCACCAGUAUGCUGAUGACACGCAGCUCUAUCUCUCAUUCAAACCUUUACCAAGGUUGGUUGUAGAAACCCUGUCCAAGUGCCUGGAGUCGGUGAGUGGCUGGAUGGGAAGGAAUAAGCUGAAGCUGAACCCUGACAAAACCGAGGUACUGUUUGUGGGAGACAAAGGAAGGUUGGGGGAUGUUGACAUGGUGCUCAAUGGGGUACAAUUGCCCCUGAAAGACCAGGUCCGCAGCCUUGGGGUCAUUCUUGACUCCCAGCUGUCCAUGGAGGCUCAGGUCUCAACUGUGAGCUGGGCGGCACUGUAUCAACUCCAUCUGAUACGGAGGCUGCGCCCCUACCUUCCCAACCAUCUGCUCCCAUCUGUGGUACAUGUCCUGGUCUCCUCUCGCCUAGACUACUGUAAUGUGCUCUAUGUGGGGUUACCCUUGAAAACUGGCCAGAAGCUGCAACUGGUACAGAAUGCGGUGGCUUGCCUGAUUAAAGGCAGCCUCCGGCGAGAUCACAUCACUCCAGUGCUGAAGGAGUUGCACUGGUUACCGGUUGUUUUCCGGGCCCAAUUCAUGCUGUUGGUUCUGACCUUUAAAACCCUAUACGAUUUCGGCCCAGUCUAUCUGAAGGAGCGCCUCCAACAUCAGGGAUGCCGCUCAACAAGAUCAGCCUCAAAAGGCCUUCUCUCUAUCCCACCAGUUAAAACAGCUAGACUGAUGAGAACUAGGGAGAGGGCUUUUUCAAUUGUGGCUCCCACUUUGUGGAAUUCCCUCCCAAAUGAUCUCUGCCAUGCCCCCUCUAUGAUGAGCUUCCGCCGGGCCUUGAAGACCUGGCUCUUCAGGCAGGCUUUUGGGGUGGGUUAGGUUUUAUUAUUAUUGUUGAGAUUUGUAAUGUCUUAAUGUAUUUGUAUAUUUUUAUUCUGUACGUCGCCCAGAGUG